AUCUGUAAAGGUUCAUUUCCUUGUCAAUCUUAUUUGUUGGUUUCUAUUAAAUUGUUAUUCACUUUGCACUUAUCGUUGAAUUUAAUUUUGAUUAGUUUUUUGUUUCCUCUGUUUGUUUGUCAAUAUGAUUGAUUACAGCAAGUGGAAUAAUAUCGAGAUAAGUGAUGAUGAAGACGAUACCCAUCCUAACAUCGACAAGCAGUCGUUAUUCAAAUGGAGACACGAGGCUCGCAUUCAAAGGAUGCAUGAAUUUAACGAGAGAAAACAAAAGAUCUUUGAUGCUGUGGAAGAAGCCCGAAAAAACCUGGAGGAGACUAAAUCAAAGGUAUCUCUUACGCCAGAUGAUCAGAAGUUGAAGGAUGAAAUGGUUAAAUUGGAGGAAAAAUUUAAGAAGCUUCAAAAUGAUGCUGAAAAUAUCAAAAAAGAGGAGAGAUUAAUGCCCUGGAAUGUGGAUACUAUUAGUAAAGAAGGCUGGAGUCGAACGAAGAUUAAUAAACCGGCCGUCAAACAGGACAAAUCAAAGCUCAGUGAAGAGGAGAAGGAAAAACUUUAUCUUGAGUUUAUCAAAGCCAACGAAAAGAAGAUUAAACAUUUUGGUAUGCUUUCCAAAUAUGAUGAUUGUCGUACCUACCUACUAGAAGAGCCACAAUUAGUAUGUGAAGAAACCGCUAACUAUCUAACUCUUUGGUGUUUAAAUCUUGAAAUCGAGGACAAGCAUGAUCUUAUGAAUCACGUCUCUAAGCAAGUAAUUUCAAUGCAAUACAUUCUUGAACUUGCAAAACAAUUGGAAUGUGAUCCUAGAUCUUGUGUAUCCAGCUUCUUUAAAAGAAUCCAAACAGCUGAGAAAGAAUACUUGGACGCAUAUGAAGACGAAUUAAAAGCUUUCAGGCAUAGAAUAAAAGAACGAGCUAAGGAGAAAUUAGAAAAGGCUAUGGCUGAAUUAGAAGAAGAGGAAAAAGCUAAGAGGUUAGGUCCUGGAGGAUUGGACCCUGCGGAUGUUUUCGAGACCCUUCCAGAAAAAUUGAAAAAGUGUUUUGAAUCUCGUGAUAUUAAUAUGCUGAAGGAGGCUAUCGCUGAAAUGGAUGAAGAUGAAGCAAAAUAUCAUAUGAAAAGAUGUGUUGAUUCCGGACUAUGGGUUCCAGAUGCAAAAGCUGCUGAAAGUGAGGACCAAGAAGAGGAUAAGAACGAUUCCGCAAAAGAAGAAAUUUAUUCGAAGAUUAAGGAAAAUGAUUCAUUUCAAAAAUGAGAGUUUAUUAAUCCUUUUGCCUUGGAUACUGAAUUGCCGUCAAUUGCUUUACUGCGGAAUAACUAAGGAACAUUAUAAAUUUGAUCAAAAUAGUGGAAUCCGUGUUGUUCAAUUAAACUUUGGAGACAGUCGAAAAGCUCCUGGCAAUACCUUUUAAAUCUAUCCCUUUUUCAUCAAGAACUCUCUACGAAUAUCCUUGAGAUAAAAAAACAACAUACUAACUCAUCAAACAAAAACCAAACAUGAAAGCACACCAAGGCUAUCAACUCUGGUAACGGAAUUUUUUAUUUGAUAUGUUCAACUAUUGUUAUCCCAUAUAUAUAUAUUUACUAGCUUAAACCACUCACCUACAAAUGUCAAAAUUCCUUCCGGAUACUGCGAUUCAACCUAAGUUUAAACAACUUAUUCGAUUUUUUUCAUGCAUGAAGUUCCGAAUACUUUUUUUCUUUAUCUGAUCCCUUUCAUUGAAGAAAAGACGUAGUUUUUAUGUCAUCAAAUAAAAAAUCAUCGCAAUGAUUCCUUGAACAUAUAA